UUGUCUGUUUCUGAGGGUGUGCUGGCACCACACGUUUUGUUUUCAUACAGGUACAGUAUGCCCUUGAAUAGCUCCUCAAACCUGCUUUUAGUGUGACGAGUAAGUCAGUAACGUCACCUUACUUAACCCACCGUCUUCAGAGUACAUUAGGUGAACAGUAACAGCGUGGAAACAUGGGGUUUCUACUGUCUAAGUCCAUGGAUGCAAACCUCAAGAAGCAGCAAGAGUUCAUGCUGCACAAUGCACGGCUGCAGAUGGACCGUCAGAUCCUGAUGCAGAACCAGAUGAGAGAGAGACAGAUGGCGAUGCAGGUUGCCUGGUCCAGAGAGUUUCUCAAAUACUUUGGGACUUUCUACGCACUGACUACAUUCGGACUCACUGUGGGUGCGCUAAAAAGAAGGAAACCGGCCCUAUUUGCUCCCGUCAUCCCUCUCAGCUUCAUACUCGCCUACCAGAUGGACAGUGCUUAUGGGACACUUAUUUAUCGCAUGAGAGGGGAGGCUGAGAGUAUUAUGGCGUCUGAACAUGACCGUCUGGACUUGCCUCACGGGACUCCAACUUUCGAUAGCAUAGAGAAAGCCCGCCGCGCUAGAAGCAGCCUCGCCUCCUUCUUGGAGAAAUGACGUGUUGGUUGUUUGAGACAAAAUCAUAACCGUCCAGCCGAUGCAUUCACCCAUUCUGCUUUUGCUUAAGAAAAAACUGCCUUUUUGACAUUAUUGAGUCUAUGGUUUGCACUAUUUCUAUAUCAUGGACCUUGAGUCAAAUUCAAUAUUAAUGAAUAUAAAAAGAAUGAUGUUUUUGUUGUUAUUGUUAUUAGAGGUGCAUCAAACAUAUUUACUUAAGCCGAACAAAAUACUUACCAUAAAACUUCAAUUAAAAGCAGAGCCCCGAUUAUACUCCCAGUCUCUUUUACUCGCCAGGUGUGGCCACACUUUUGACAAAUAAACGCAGGUUCUCAAUUAAACGCCAGGUAACUUUUGUCAAUAUGGACAUGCAACACAUCGUUAGAUCAGUUAGAAUCUCCACAAUUCAAUUGUUCAGUUAAAUUCAUGGAAACCAUGAGCAUCAAAGUAUAAUUCAUUCAGAGUUACCAGCAUGGUAAACAAGAGAUAUGAAAAAAAAGUGGUACCUUUUGAAGCGCUCAUAAAUUCCGAAUAUGUGUCAAUUCCUCGAUUAUUUAUAUUCUUUUAAUCCGUAAAAAUACACCGAUCAAAAGGUUCUUUCAUAAAAAUUAAUCCAAAUUGUGAAUAUUGUCAUGUGAAGUCCAUCGUUGCUCACUGUCCGCUAAUUUCAUUCAUCAAACGAAGAACGCACUUUAACUGAAAAAAACAAUAUUUCCUGCACCGUGUUGUUGGAUAUGUUUGUUUUCAUCACCUUCCUGGCUACAAAAUAAAAGUGUCCCCACCUUUCUCUGUUUAGUUUUCACCCCUUUUCCUUUGUGGUAUGCCAAAUAGGCUCGUCGCUGACAGACAGGUUGGUUUUAAAGGGAAUAAAGAGAGGUGUUGAGUCGGUAUGCUUGCCGUAAAACAAGCGUUAUCAAAGCUAGGGUUGGUAAUGUUCUCCAAAAAAUUUUCUUUGUUAUAUUUGUUGAAAUUGAAUCAGAUGCUCUGACGGAAAAAAAAAAUCCGGUAAGCCUGUAAAUAGCCUACCGGAGCAAGAUGAAAUUAAUGACUUGUUAUUUGUUAGCCUAAUUUUUAUGCAAGUAAUAUUCAUACUGGUUUAAAUAAACAAUUUUAUAGUAUUUAUUUACCAUCUUCGCUGAGCAAGAUUGUUGUGCGAAAGAAAUUAAAGGCUUUCCCAUAUAUACGCCGCAAAAUAAAAGCCUGGGCUUAAUUGCAGUUUUAUGGUAAGUUACACCGUCAGUACUGGAGUAUAUCAUGGAAUAAAUCUGUAACAUGUAUAUUUGCAUUAAUUCAACCAUUGUAACAUAUUACACUCAGACAUUAUUGUACACUGAGACUAUAGCUGUGUCCCAAAUCCAGACUACAUACUAAUCUAUGACUCAUUUUAACAGUUAAUAUACAAAAAUAUCAACAUACUUUACCAUAUUAACCUAACAGGGAAUGAUACAAUACUGUAUGUGUGAAAGCUACUGCCCAUUAAACCGUUUAGUAUUAAUAUUAUAAGAUUAGACACCUACUUUAGUUUUCCAUAUUUGAGCUGUUUCACCACCACCCACGAUUUAUUUUAAUCAGCUGGCGCAGGUCUAUUUCCUUUGCGCACUGCAUUGUGGGAGAAUAGUGUGCAUCAACAGCGCACUCAACACUUAGUAUGCAUGAAAAGCUGCUUAGCCUCAGUAUGUAGUACUUGAAUUGGGACACGGCGUACGUUUCAACAGGUUGUGUUUAUGUCAAUCAUGUUCUUAGUUAAAGCUGCAUUAAGUGAUUUUUGACCACUAGAGGGCAGAAAGACUCCUAAACUCACUGACAGGAACAUAACCCCUUACAGGUUAUCAAGGCCAUAUGGCUGAUGUUUCAGUAAACAGUUGCCUACUUGCACAUCAGGCUGACACAAAACAACAUGAAAAUCUCUUGGUGUAUAUUCUCUUGCUACCUGACACGGAGAAAUGCAAUAUUCACAUGUUUUUUUUAACCCUACUUUGGCUGAUAAGCUCCGUGUUUUCAUGUUCUAGAUGCAUAACUUUGGGGUUUUUACAUUAGACAGCUGAUGUUUCCUGCCAGGCAGGUAACUGGAACACUUGCUGUCAAAGCAAUGAUCAAAUCAGCUACAGAGUGAUCUAAAUGUUAAUAUCAUAAAUCAACACUGCAGACAUCUGUCUUGACAGCAAAAGAUUGUUAUAAAUCCAAAAUGUAUCACUAAAACUUUUUGGUCAUUGUUACCGAAAGAGUUAAAUUGCCACGGUCGAAUUUGAGCGCUAAAGAGCUUUAUUUUAUGUAUUCAGUGGAUGUAUAAUAUAACAAGGUGCUGAUAUUUAUACAUUGUAUGUUUAAUUUUAACUUGUUUGACAUCAUUGAAACUAUAUUUGAAAAUCCAAUAAAAAGAAAUAUUGCCAAGA